AUGUUGAAGACGUUCCUAGAAGGUGGUCGGUUCGAAGACGACGUUGAGGAAGAAAUUGUCACAGAAGAUAUCGGUGAUGAAGGUUGCGAAAACAACGACGAGAUCGACGAGGUCGCCGUCGAGGUCAAGGUUGCGAAGAACGUUAAGAAGGAUCCUUUGGCAACCAUCAAAAGGGCCACAUCUCAUCCGGCAUAUGCUAAGUUGAAGGUCGUCGACUGA